AUGUAUCUGAAAAUUCUUACUGUAUUUUUGUAUUUACAUCUCCUUUUCAAUCUGACAAUCUGUGUUCAACCAGAACAAUCAGUGAUUUCUUUUGAACCAUCAUCAAUCAGCAUUACAAUCGGUCAAAGCUAUCAUGUUAACGCUCGUCUUCUUAUCCCAGAUAUCAUUCCACCAGAUGUUUUUCUCAUGUUUCUGUAUAACGACAAACUCUCAGAUCCACAAGGUUAUAUUCAAACUCUACCGAAUAUCACGUUUACUAAGCAAACAGGUGAUGAUCAAAGUCGAAUGAUUAUUGUUAGCGGUCGUCGGCAAGGGCAUCUUGUCGUAACUGCUCAAUCACCACAGGUGAACAUCUCAUCGCAAUAUGAUUUUCUUCUGAUUGAUAUCGCCCGAAGUAGAACAUUAAAUGUUCUCGUGCAACUCGUUGGAUGGAUCUACUUUUUUGCUUGGUCAAUCUCAUUCUAUCCUCAAAUUAUACUGAACUUUCGUCGUCAGAGUGUCGUUGGACUGAAUUUUGAUUUCCUGGCUUUAAACAUUCUCGGAUUUUCAUGCUAUUCAAUAUUUAAUGUUUGUUUAUAUACUUCACAUGACAUUCAACAACAAUACUACACUAAACAUCCACAUGGGGUCUUGCCUGUCCUAUUGAACGAUGUUGUAUUCAGUGUUCAUGCUCUCAUAGCAUGUUUAAUAACUGCUGCUCGUAUCAUCGGCAGUAUCUUGACUGUUUUCCUUCUCGUCUCUUCUAUUGUUGCCUUUACCAAUCAUUUGUCAAUGUUGACAUUGAUUUAUUUUUUUUCCUAUGUUAAAUUAGUAAUAACAAUGAUCAAAUACGUUCCACAAGCAUGGAUGAAUUAUAGACGACAAUCGACGGAAGGCUGGUCAAUUGGAAACAUUUUACUCGAUUUUACUGGUGGAAUACUAAGUGUCGUGCAAAUGUUUUUAUUAGCAAUCAAUUACGAUGAUUGGUCGUCGAUAUUCGGUUCACCGACGAAGUUUGGUUUGGGCUUAUUUUCAAUUUUGUUCGAUCUACUAUUCAUUGCCCAACAUUAUUUAUUCUUUCGGCCAACUACUCGACGAACACAUCUGACUACAAACGGUGAAAAUACCGACGAACGUACACCUAUACUUUCGCCACAAUCAUAA